CAACAAUCAAUUUGGCGAGACACGAUUCGCAUAUGACAUCGUGGUGAAACACGCCAGGGCAAAGUCUCCGUAUCGUUAUCAAAGCGGCCGUCAACACAUUUCAACCAAGUGGGUUCAUCACAUCAGCGAUGAUGUUCUCUUCUGAGACGAGUGAUACAUCGUGUGAGACAAUGGGGCCCGUCUCGAAAAAAAUGUAUAUCUACGCUCAACAUCAUGGCGAUACUGUAAAUGAAGUCCUCGCCUUCACGCGUGGGAAAUGCUCGCAACUCAGAAGCAGCGUCCCAACACACUGACGUGCCAUCAAGACGAAGGCGAGAUCCUUCGUAGCAAUUCGCGAGAUGAUGUUUGAGGAAAGUGAUCGGCAAAUGACGGGUCCGUCACGCGCGCCAAGCUGGUCUUCCACCAACAGUUUCCUCAUGCCGACGAUCUCAGAGGCGACGGGCCACGAGGCGAUUGCUGAGAUGCCAAGGGAACAUGGGCCGCCAGCAACGACGAUCGGCAUCGCGGACGACUUCACGAGCUCCUUCACCAUGCAGUCGACCACUACCCCGAACAACGAGCCGCAUAGCCUUCAAGCAUCAAGUGACGCAUUUUAUCGGAAGAACGACAACGAGGGAUGCCUUGCGUGCGGGUACCAUUACACAUCCGUCGAUGAUCUGGCCAACCAUCAGAGAGCUCAGCACGGACUAGCUGAAGUCAUCCUCUAGCGAAUUUCAUUGGCGCCGAGAACUGCCUCGACGAUGAUUUUGACGACAAAGAACAUACACGGCGGUCAGUAAGGCAUGGACUAUCUGAAUAGGGAGGGUAUGAACCUCGUCACUACAGGAGACAUGACGAUUGCCAUAAGGGUGGGUCGCUGGUAGUUCGCACGCGGAUUCAGGACGACGACCUCUCUGUGUCGUGUGGUAUGUACAAUGAUUAGAUAUGUCACACCUUUUCGUGGGUUGUCGUGUGAUCUGUGCACAACUCGCGAUAUGCAUUGGGAUACUGUACACAAUUCUUGUUUCCUGUUGCUGCACAUUCUCAAUGUGGAUAUUGCAGUAGUGCUAGAGCAAUACCAGAGCCU